UAGGCCACUUCAUCAGAAGUCUUUUACUAGACUAGAAUCCUUGGAAGCGGUUGAAUUCUCAGUUUGUAUUUCCACUGGCGUGAGUUUCCUGCGUGCUUGCCAACCUCCUAGUUUACCAAUCUUUUGGAAUACACAGUACUGCCCACUUUUAUUAUUAGACAUAGCAUAUAAUCAGUGUAGACUGCAGAAAUUCCUUUCUUUAAAUUGUUUCCGAUUUCUUCCAGGUAAAAUGAGCUCUAAGGGUUCUCCGUCCAGCGUGACCAAGACACUAAACAACCUAAAUGACAGCAGAACACCAGCUAGUGUCGAACCACAACGCCGGACGUAUUUGAGACUACGUAAGUUACAUUUAUCAAUCUUCUCUGACGAAGCAGCGAAACUUAAUUAUGGCUUCAGUCGAUAUAGGUCAGUCAAUGUACUAUCGACGUCUCAACAAAUACCAACUGGAGUGGAAGAAGCAUUCAGGAGGUAAGCUUGUUAUUUCAAAUUAAUGUACACAGAAUUAUAUUCCAAAUCUCGUGAAAUUGAACUGAACCGCAGCCAGAAAUUACGCCAGGAAACAUGGUUACUCCCCGACAACCUGCCGUUCCAGUUGAUGUUCCUUGUGAUACCAUUGCAUUGCAUCUCCACCGUCAUUCGAGGAACACUUAACGGCUGAGCAACUGAGAAAGCUAACCGCAGCGAGUGCACUGCACUGCAGUUGAUGCCAUUCGCAACAUUGUCUACCGAUGCAAGCUGAAUAUGGCAAAUACUCGUAUUGUGCUGGAAGAACUUAAGUCCCUGCAUCCUGAGUUGCCGACUGACCCUCGGACAUUGAUGAGGACUGAAGACUUUUCAAAGGAGAGCAGUUGGUCCUAGGAUGUAUGUUCACAUUGGCCUUCGUCGUCAGAUUUUGUCUCGCUUACAAAUUCUCAAAUCUGAAGUCUCUGUGCCAAUUGGUCUGCAGCUGAACAUUGAUGGUGCUCCAAUUUUCAACAACUCCACAUUGCAGAUGUGGCCAAUACAAGGGAAGUUACUUUUGUCUGGCUGCGACAAGGUAUUCUUGGUUGUCAGUCAUUGUAGGCAUUCUACUAGAAGUCGUCAUACAUGGUGUCUGCAAGCAGUCUUUCAAUACAUCCACCUCCCACAAAGUUGUUGGUAUGAAGCCUUGAGAUAAUUCACUUCGGGCCGUAGUACAAUUAGUACGCUGAUAUUACUGAUGCAAUGACAUGCAAGACUUGUACAUGUUACUGUGAAGUUUUCCUGUAAUAACAUUCCAUUCCCUCCAUAGUGAAUACAAUGCUUGUGAUAACAAUUCGUCAUUAUCUUUUCAUUGCGUUGAUAGGCGCGUAUAUAUUAGUGAAAUGCUAACC